UCCUCCAAACCAGUACUUCGCAGACCUAGCUGAUUUAUCAACCGGGAAUUUCUGAAUUCAACAAUAAAUCGCUAAUUUUCUUGAACUGAACCUGCCAACAUUAGAGUUUAUAAAGCGAUCGGCCUUCUGAUGAUGACCAUGAUAGAGGUGCUCUCUCCAUGUGAAACAUAUAUUGGCCUAUGACUUAACAGUAGUUGUGCGGCAGCCUGUUCAUUUGUUUCAUAUUACGAAAAUUAAAUAAGUGCAGUUAUAUUGACAUUUUCCAACGUAAGAUGGGAAUAAUUGAUCGUGUUUGUUUUGUGCUUGUCCUUUCGUGUGUCUUCAUACAGGAAUCCAGCCAACAAGAGGGUGUUUUUUGCGAGACCCCAAACCAAGAACCAGGUGCCUGCCUGAGCAUAUACCAAUGCCCCGCGCUACUGAACAUCCUCAAAACCCAGUCUAAUAACCCCCAAGCCGUAGCCUUCCUCAGAAACUCAGUAUGUUUCCGCAACGGAAACAUCCCCAUCGUUUGCUGUCCCACACAAAGGGUGCGAACGCCAAAUCCAUUCUUAGAACCUGAUCCAACGCCUCCUACAAAUAACGCUAUUGAUCCGGUCACCAAGGAUCCAUACCCUCAACCACAAACCCAGCCGACGACUAGUGGGAAACUUCUGAGGAAACCUAACUGUGGAUAUUCUAACAUCACCAACUCUAGAAUUGUAGGAGGAGUGCCAGCCAAACUUGGAGAGUUUCCUUGGAUGGUAAUUUUGGGUUAUAGAAAUAGCAAAAAUCCAUCUAUACCGAAAUGGUUGUGUGGAGCUUCACUUAUUUCAGACAGACAUGUUCUAACUGCUGGCCAUUGUGUCCAUGGAAGAUCUGAUCUGUAUUUAGCAAGAAUUGGAGAUUUGGAUUUGUAUUCUGAGAAUGAUGGGGCAUCACCUGAAGAUAUUCCUCUAGAAAGUGCAAGAGUGCAUGAAGACUAUAGUCCAGUAAAAUUCACGAACGACGUAGCUAUUUUGAAACUUUCCAAGAGAGUUAAUCAUCCUUCUGUUUGGCCAGUUUGUUUACCUGUAGAUGAUGGUUUAAGGACCAGGAAUUUUGUAAGGACGCAACCAGUUGUGGCUGGAUGGGGAAGUACUAAUUUCAAUGGCCCAACAAGUACAACCCUCCUUGAAGUAGCAGUACCAGUGGUGAGUACGGAUGAAUGCAGAAGAGCUUACAGCAAGCAGAAUUCGGUGAUUGACGAGAGGGUGCUCUGUGCUGGAUUCGCAAGAGGGGGCAAAGAUUCUUGCAAGGGGGACUCAGGGGGACCCUUGAUGUUUAUCGAAAGUGAACCUAACAAUCUUCGAAUCACCCAAAUAGGGGUUGUCUCCUACGGUUUCAGAUGUGCUGAGGCUGGAUAUCCUGGAGUUUAUACCAGAAUAACCAACUUCCUGGACUGGAUAGAGAGGAACCUGAUUUGAGCAAAAGGUGGAUCGAAAACAGAAUGAUGUAAAUAGAUUUCAUUGAGCUUAUAUAUUGUAAAUGCAGUUUUUAGGAGGAACUUUUAUUCGCAAAUUUUAUAUUUUAAUUUAAGCUGAAAAAUAAGUAUCUUUAGAAAAUUUGUUGAUUGAUUUUUUGUUAGUGUGAGCGCUGAAAAAUUUUCUCGUUAUUUUUUAUAUUAUUUGCUAGGUACAUUGGCUCAUUUAUUUUAGUGAUCGAAAAAAGGCUUUAAUUAUACCUACGUAAAAAACAUGAUUCCCAAUAAGAUCCAGAGAAAACAACCAAAAUAUAGCCCCUACAUUCACUGAAAAUCGUUCUUUUGUACUCCCUUGUCAACCCUUGUAAUUUUUUAGUAGAAUUAAUUGUGAUUUCAUAACGUUAAAUGUACGAUAUGUGUGAUAAUACCUGUAUCCAUUGUAUUAUACAAAGUAUUCCUUACCAAUUUUUCCCUUUGAAUGUGUCAUGUGUGUUCUAUUGCAGCUUAAUUGAAACAUUCCUUUGUGAUAUAUGUAUGUUGAAAUAAAAUCACGAAGAUAUCA